UGGGUGGUGCGGGGCAGCGCUGUUGUUUGGCGCGAGAGAGCAGUGCGGGGCUGUCUGGCUCCGCGGCCGCUCGCCCCUCGCAGCGGGCGAACUUGCGCUGCGUCCCGCACCUUCGCGGGCCGGGCUCCUGCCAUGGCUCUGGUAGCUGGCGUCAUCCGGCGGCUGGAUGAGGCCGUGGUGAACCGCAUCGCGGCCGGCGAGGUCAUCCAGAGGCCGGCAAACGCCAUUAAGGAGAUGAUAGAGAACUGUUUGGAUGCUAAAUCUACAAGUAUCCAGGUGGUAGUCAAGGAAGGUGGUCUGAAGCUCAUCCAGGUCCAAGAUAACGGCUGUGGUAUCAGGAAGGAAGAUCUGCACAUCGUUUGUGAGAGAUUUACUACCAGUAAACUGCAGAAAUUUGAAGACUUGGCUAGUAUUUCAACGUAUGGUUUUAGGGGUGAGGCAUUGGCUAGCAUCAGUCAUGUUGCCCAUGUUACAGUAACAACUAAAACAGCUGAUGCAAAGUGUGCAUACAGAGCUUCUUACAGUGAUGGAAAAAUCAAAGCCCCCCCAAAACCCUGUGCUGGAAACCAAGGGACACAAAUCAUGGUUGAAGAUCUUUUUUACAAUGUAAAUACAAGGAGGAAAGCUUUAAAAAAUCCGAGUGAAGAGUAUGCAAAAAUACUAGAAGUUGUUGGCAGGUAUGCCAUCCAUAACUCAGGUAUCAGCUUUUCAGUUAAAAAGCAAGGUGAUACUGUGUCAGAUGUUAGAACUUUAGCAAAUGCUACGACGGUGGACAACAUUAGGUCCAUCUUUGGAAAUGCUGUUAGCAGGGAACUCAUAGAAGUGGGCUGUGAAGAUGCAAAUCUGGCCUUCAAAAUGAAAGGCUACAUCACGAAUGCCAACUACUCUGUGAAGAAAUGUAUAUUUUUACUCUUCAUAAACCAUCGGCUGGUAGAGUCAACUGCUCUGCGGAAAGCCAUAGAGACUGUGUAUGCUGCUUAUUUGCCAAAAAGUACUCAUCCAUUCCUAUAUUUAAGCCUGGAAAUAGCCCCUAAAAAUGUAGAUGUGAAUGUGCACCCUACAAAACAUGAGGUCCACUUCCUUCAUGAAGACAGCAUUCUAGAGCGUGUGCAACAACAUGUAGAGAGCAAGCUGUUGGGUUCUAAUUCUUCAAGGAUGUACUUUACUCAGACAUUGCUUCCAGGGGCCGAAUGUUCCUCCAGUGAGGUGGUAAAAUCAGCAGCAAGCUCUUCUACAGCUACAAAAGGAACCAGUGAUAAAGUUUACGCGCACCAAAUGGUCCGCACUGAUUCCCGAGAGCAGAAGUUGGAUGCUUUUCUUCAGCCAGUGAACAACCCCCUGAGUACAGGCCCAACUGAGGAGACAACAGGGGUUAAUGUGGGACCUCCGGAGGGCACAUCAGGAAGCCAGCAGGACUGUCCUGUUAGGCCACAGGAUGCUGAAAUGGAAGAUGUGAGUGAGCUUCUUGAAACAACUGAUUUAAUUGAAAUGGCUGAUGUUCAGCAGGAUGCAGUGAUGCCUGGAGGGCUGAGUAAGAGCGGACACUUGUCUCCUGAGAAAGCACUUCCUCGAAAGAGACCAAGGGAAGACACAGACAUACAAAUGGAAGAAGACACCAGGAAGGAAAUGACUGCUGCCUGCACCCCUAAAAGAAGAAUUAUCAAUUUGACCAGCGUGCUGACUCUUCAGGAGGAAAUUAGCAGCCAGGCACAUGAAAGUCUUCAGGAGAUGCUCCGUGAUCACUCGUUUGUUGGCUGUGUCAGCCCUCAGUGGGCUCUGGUGCAGCAUCGAACAAAACUGUAUCUUCUCAAUACAACUAAACUCAGCCAAGAACUCUUCUACCAGAUACUUAUUUAUGACUUUGCAAACUUUGGCGUUCUAAGACUCUCUGAGCCAGCUCCUUUAUAUGAGCUUGCAAUGCUUGCUUUAGAGGACCCAGAGAGUGGCUGGACAGAAGAAGAUGGCCCAAAAGAAGGCCUUGCUGAGUACAUAGUUGAGUUUCUGAAAAAGAAGACUGAAAUGUUGAAAGAUUAUUUCUCUCUUGAAAUUGAUGAGGAAGGAAACCUUACUGGAUUACCACUUCUGAUAGACAACUACAUUCCCCUGCUGGAGGGACUACCGAUGUUUGUCCUUCGGUUGGCCACUGAGGUAAACUGGGAUGAAGAGAAGGAGUGCUUUGAAAGCCUAAGUAAAGAACUGUCUAUGUUCUACUCCAUUAGAAAACAAUAUAUAAUAGAUGAAACCAACCUGACAAGCUCUCAGAAUGAGGAUUCUGACUCUGGUUCACCACCAUGGAAAUGGACAGUGGAGCAUGUAGUUUACAAAGCCUUCAGGACUUAUCUUUUACCUCCUAAACACUUCACAGAUGAUGGCAACAUUUUGCAGCUUGCUAACCUGCCUGACCUGUAUAAAGUUUUUGAGAGAUGCUAAGCAAGAAAUUAUUUGUAUAGAUUUGUGCAUAUGUAAAAAAACUUGUUACAUUCUGUUAUAUUUAGAUAAAGUAGGGGAGGUGGUGGGAAGGGAAGAGAGGAUUUAAUGACAGCAAAUAGAUGUUAUAUUUUUUCUUCAGUUUAACAGAGAAUAAAAAGAAUCGAUUAUGUUCCUAAAAUAAAAAAUAAGAUUUCAUCUAUGGACUGUGCAUCAAGUUUCCUUGAGAAGAGAAGCUAACUUGAGCUGAAGCUAACUGAAGUGCAGGUGCUUUUACAUGGCUUGAGCCCCGAAGGCAAGAUUAUCAACUUCCUUCCUUUUGUUUUGAUGAUGCAGGUACUGUCAAACAACAGUCUUUCAUGAACAUCAACUUAAAGCACAUGCAGUAACUUUUUAGUACAGGACUAGCUGAUGUGGUAUUUCAGAACUCUUCAAAUAAGGGGGAUCACUUGCCUUUAUCGAGGAGUCUGGAAGUGGAAACAGGAAUUUGGUGCAAGGUAGCAAGUAAGUUUGCAAACAUUAAAUCUGCUUCAAAGAAGAGCUGCACUUGAUAAUCUUGAGUGCAGGCUCAAGAAUGAGGGAAGACCAUUAGUUCUGCUCAGGCAGAAAAAAGCCUUGUCUUGAGAUCUUCCCAACUCUGAAUGGGUGCAAGGAUGUCUUUGGUCCUUGACCAGCUUCAACUGUGUGCUUUAAAAAAAACAAACAGCAGUGCUAAGGCUCUGGAAUAGAAAAGUCCUACAACAUCCUUGCUGUGAUAAAUGCUCUCGAAGUGCACUGUGAUUCCACUUGGUAUACUGCCAUUGCUAUAGCAUGCUUGUCUUGUGAUUUCACAGAAUGGCCCAGGUUGGAAGGGACCUCAAGGUCAGGAGGCAUAGUAGGGAUGGGCGAAUGGUUCAACUACAUGAUCUUAGACAUCUUUUCCAACCUUAAUUCGACCUGUGAUUCUAUGAAAUACGCUGGCUUAGGAAAUGCUUGCAAAUCUUUACCCUGAGUUUGCUAUAUCAUUAUUUAUGUUUGGUAUAAAAUACAUUUCUCUCCCCCCUCAAGGAUUUCCUGCCAUUACUCCAUCUGUCUUGUUUUUCUUUACAGCUGCUGUUUUAACUCAUCCUCCUUUUCUAGUUUUUCCCCCAAGUAUUAAACUGCAAGAGGAAGCUGGCACUGAGAAUAAGUUUACAGUUCUUGUAGUUCAAGAGGAAUUCCAUACUGCAGAUUGAGAGAGGUGUUAAAGAAAAAGAGUGAUGCACUUUGAUGAAACUUAUAAGUAAUAAAGGAAUUGCUCACCUCCUGGCCUAGAUAAAUUUUUCUCGUUAAAUUUAAUAUUUGAUCAGAAAUACCCCAACUUUUGUUCUUCUAGUGAUUUAUUCUUACCUGCAUCCUCUGAAACAGAUCUUGAAUAUUCUGAAGGAUAAAAAGAUAUGUUAGGAUCUACUCAAUAGUGACACUGGAGAACUUCAGCAGCAGCACACUGAAGCCAAAGCACCUUUUCACUGCCUUAGUGUACAGUGAUCUUCCACAUGAAGGAUGAUGGGAUGCCUCAUCUUUAGCCAUACACAUUUACAGAACUACUACUGGAGCAAAAAGGCGGGUUAUGCUUUAAGUUGCCAUCAAGCUUUAACAAUAAAACAAAAUAAAAUAGGUGUGAAGGAAUCUUCAAAUAACCUUAAAUGUAGCUCUCGCAUACAGCAACACUUCAUCUCUCUGCUUUUCCUUUGUAAUGCCCCCAGUGUUCAUUAUACGUGGUCCACUCUCCCCAGCAGAUCCCUGUCUUUUUUGUGUGUGCUGUGGAGCCCAGAACUGGACACAGUACUCCAGCUGAGGCCUGACCAGGAUAGAGUAGAGGGGGAAGAUACCUCCCUUGAACUGCAGGCCACAGUCCUUUUAAUGCACCCCAAUAUCCCAUUUGCCCUUUUGGCCACCAGGGCACAGUGCUGGCUCAUGGCCAACCUGUCCUCCACUAGGACUCCCAGGUCCUUUUCUACAGAGCUCCUCUCCAGCAGGUCAUCCCCCAAUCCAUACUGAUACAUGAGCACCCAGACCACCCGCAACACCUCAUAACUUAAGCUGUAAACAGACCAAAAACCUUUGCAACCAAACAGCCCUAAAGGGCAGCUCGUAAUUCACAUAUUUGAUGACAGAGAGUUUGAAAGCUGUAGUGACUCACAAGCCCAUUUUCAGCUUACUGGAUCCCCCUUCUUCAGUCUCAAAAAUAAUCAACACACAUUUUAAUGACUUGUGGAUUCACUUUAGCAUUGGCCUUUUAGUGGAAAAAAAUCAGUAAAUUAAAACAGUCAAUACCGGUGCAAGGAAAAACUUAACAGAACAGUUAGACAACAGCUCAUUUUGUGUUCUACCCUAUGCUUCUGUUUCACAGCAACAGAAAUAUUGCAAAGCAAUGGAGUUUGUACACCCAAGUAAACACGUGAAGAAUACAGUGGUACUUAUCAUGUGCUGUGCAGGUUGCUAGUAUUAAAAACAAAUGGCUUUGUAAGGAAACUGACAACACUUACAUUCUCCUUUAGGUAGGAAUCAAGUGUCACCAAAGCUUUUUUUGAAGCAUUGGUUACUUAAGAUCUUAGGUGAAUACUUAAGAUCUGUAGGUGAAAAACAAACCACAUCUUAUACCUAUAUCCAACAACUGAUGAAAGCUUCUCUUUACUACAGCAAUAAUACCACUGUUUGCAAAUGCUCACUUUCUCCACUUUGCUCCUUGAACCUGAAUAACAUCCAACACCAGCACAGAAAUGGAAACUAAAUUAUUUCAAAAACCUUUUUGCAUCCUUCUGAUAUCACAUACACAACAGUGAAAUCAAUGGUGUUCUGCUAGUACUGACACUGCAUCUCUACAGGUAUUCAACCAGAGUAAGACAUUCUGCACAAAAUCAAUGUAAACCAGAAUCCUCAUAACCCUACUAGAAACAAAAGAAUGCUACAUGCUGAUUUUUCAUCUGACAAAGCAACAAAGUAUCACAGUGCAUUAACCACGUUUUAACAUUUUUAUUUUAGAAAGUGAACAUAUCCAUUAAAAAAAAGAAAAUGCACG